UUUAACAAGGUCCUAAGCCAUUGGCAACCACAAUCCCGACAAUAGCAACUACUACCGAUACUAGUCUGUCCACCACCACCACCACCACCACCACCACAAUACACCAUUCCAGUACCAUGCUCAAAUCAACCACUGAACAAACAACAAGUACCCAGCAUGAAACUAGCACCACAAGUAAACCCACAGCUCCUACAUCUACAGAACUUAACCCUAAGGAUCCGGAAACUAAUCGUAAGCUAACCGGUUGGACAAUAGCCGGUAUAGUUAUAUCCAGUUUAAUUGCGGUAAUUAUAUUGCUGUGGUUGGCCUACAAAAAGAUCUGGAAAAUAGGGAGGGCUCGCAAUCCCUACCGAUCCCUGAAUGACGAGAAUUAU